UUCUAUUCUUUGGACUUUGCAUGGUGUUGGGAAUAGGUUCAAGACAUUUAUGUCGUGGAAGUAAACUACCUUAUACAGUUGCUUUGCUUUUCAUUGGAGUUGGUCUUGGAUCACUAGAAUUCGGUUCGAACCAUGGACUUGGAAAACUUGGGGAGGGUAUUCGCCUUUGGGCAAGUAUUAGUCCAGACCUUAUCUUUGCUGUUUUUCUUCCUGCACUUCUCUUUGAGAGCUCUUUCUUGAUGGAAGUACACCAAAUCAAGAGAUGUAUAGGUCAAAUGCUUAUUCUUGCUGGUCCAGGUGUUCUGCUUUCGACUGUUUGUCUUGGAUCUGCGAUGAAGUUUGCUUUUCCAUACAAUUGGAGUUGGAAGACAUACUUGUUGCUGGCGGGGAUUCUUAGUGCUACUGAUACUGUAGCUGUUAUGGCUUUGUUGAAAGAGCUUGGUACGAACAAAAAACUGAAGACAAUAAUCGAAGGAGAAUCAUUGAUCAACGAUGGUGUAGGUAUUGGCCUUGCUUUUGGAGUGGCAUCUGUUUUGUGGUUGGGAUUUAUAUUCAACGACACUGUUAUAGAGAUUUCGCUGACACUUGCUGUGAGCUACCUUGCUUACUUCACUGCUCAAGAGGGCGCUGGCGUGUCGGGUGUCUUGACUGUGGUGAUUCUAGGGAUGUUUUAUUCUGCAGUUGCUAGGACAGCUUUUAAGGGUGACAGCCAACAGAGUUUGCAUCAUUUUUGGGAAAUGGUUGCCUACAUUGCCAACACCCUCAUUUUCAUCUUAAGUGGAGUGGUUAUAGCUGAAUCUGUUAUUCACAGUGAGAACUAUACCUUUAAGCAUGAAACUUCAUGGGGUUACUUGAUUCUUCUUUAUGUUUUCGUCCAAUUGUCCCGCGUUAUUGUUGUUGGCACCUUGUAUCCAUUUUUGCGCUACUUUGGGUAUGGCCUGCAGUGGAAAGAAGCAAUUGUUCUUGUUUGGUCAGGCUUAAGAGGUGCUGUCGCGUUGUCUAUGUCAUUAUCAGUGAAGCGUGCAAGCGACAGUUCAACCUUUGUCAAUCAUGAAACAGGAACUCUGUUUCUUUUCUUUACCGGUGGGAUUGUAUUCAUGACGCUCAUUGUGAACGGAUCAACAACACAAUUUCUUUUACGUUCCCUUGGUAUGGAUAAGCUAUCGGCUGCAAAGAAACGGAUCUUGGAUUACACAAGGUACGAAAUGAUGAAUAAGGCACUGGAAGCAUUUGGUGAUCUUGGAGAUGAUGAAGAACUAGGACCUUCUGAAUGGCCCACAGUGCAAAAAUAUCUUGCUUGUUUGAAUAACCUGGAAGAAGACCAGGUGCACCCUCACACUCAAUCUCAGAAUGAGAUCAACAUCGAUGCUAUGAAUAUAGAGGACACAAGAGUACGCCUCUUAAAUGGAGUCCAAGCUGCAUAUUGGGGGAUGCUAGAAGAGGGGAGAGUAGCUCAGCAUACUGCAACUAUCUUAAUUGGUUCAGUAGAUGAGGCAAUGGAUUUUGUCAGUCAUGAUUCUCUAUGUGACUGGAAGGGCUUAAGGUCCCAUGUUCACUCUCCAAGUUACUAUAGAUUGCUCCAGAUGAGCAUCUGUCCACGGAAGCUGGCGAGUUAUUUUACGGCGGACCGGUUAGAGUUAGCAUGUUGCAUAUGUGCUGCGUUUCUCCGUGCUCAUAGGAUUGCAAGGAGGCAACUGCAUGACUUUAUCGGCGACAGUGAAAUUGCUUCUCUUGUGAUCAAUGAAAGUGAAUCAGAAGGAGACGAAGCAAGGAAAUUUUUGGAAGACGUCCGCUAUACUUACCCUCAGGUUUUGCAUGUUGUAAAAACGAGACAAUUAACUUAUGCAGUGCUAAAACAUUUGGGUGAGUAUGUUCAAAAUCUUGAAAAAGUAGGGAUAUUAGAUGAGAAAGAGAUGAUUCAUCUUCACGAUUCUGUGCAGACUGACUUGAAGAAAGCUUUAAGGAACCCUCCUGUAGCAAAGAUGCCAAAGUCAAAUGAUAUGCUAAGAUUACAUCCUUUGUUGAGAGAACUUCCUUCUAUUGCACGCGUGCAUCUUGAAAUAUCUACAAAAGAAAUGACAAAGCCACAUGGAGUUUCACUUUGUGAAGAGGGUACUGAACCAAAUGGAAUAUGGCUUGUUUCAAAUGGAGUUGUGAAGUGGGGGAGUAAGAAUUUUAGAAACAAACAUUCUUUGCAUCCAACAUUCUCACACGGAAGUACUUUAGGCUUAUAUGAAGUACUAAACGGAAAGCCCUACAUCUGCAAUGUCAUCACAGAUUCUGUUAUAUCCGGUUUCUUUAUUGAAAGUGAAACGAUACGCUCCUUGCUCCUAUCAGAUCCUGCUGCAGAAGAUAUCUUGUGGAAGGAAAGUGUCUUAGCCAUUGCCAAAAUCCUUCUACCACAAAUUUUUGAAAAAAUGGCUAUGCAUGAGUUGAGAUCCCUUGUUGUGGAAAGGUCUGAUAUGAAUGUAUACAUAAGCGAGGAAAUUAUAGAAAUAGCCCCUCACUCCAUUGGAUUUCUAUUGGAAGGAAUUAUUAAAUCCGUAACUGAUCCAGAGGAAAUGCUGGUGUCUCCAGGGGUGCUGUUGCCCUCAUAUGGCGAUUUAAGCUUUCUCAGUUUGGAGACAUCAGCAGGUUCCAAGGAUGCAAUUUUCCUUCAUCAAAGAACCUCAUAUCAGGUUGAAACUAGAGCUAGGGUGAUUAUACUUGACAUGGCAACAGUUGAGGCUGACACUCAACCACGAAGGAGAAAAUCUUUGUGGAACCCUGCUGCAGCCCAAUCCCCUAGAUGCUUAAAUAGAGAGCACAGCGGUCUAGUGAGUUGGCCGGAAGACUUGUUCAAACACAAACGACGCCAACACAAGAAUCCGGGUAGCAGCUAUAGAAAGAAGUAUCAAGAUUCCUCAGAGAAAAAAACUGCACAGUCAUUCAUAUCCAACGGGUCCAUCUAACGUACAGGCUAGGCGACUUGUGUCUGUCCGAUCUGCAGGGUCUAAUGAUGUGAGGAAAACUAGCUUCACGCUAAAAGCUUGCGAAGGAUCAGAUGAAAACUGUCAGUGGAAACACUAACUAGAGUGAUGGAGUGAUAUCUCAAGUGAUGAAUCCGUUAAAGAAGACGAACUCAUCGAGAGAAUCGAUUCCCCAAGCAGGCUUUUGUUUUAACACCUACCAUUUCCAUCCUCGUACAUGUA